AGAGUGAAAGAAUUAGUUUCAAAUUUUCAUUUAUCCUAUUCUUUAGGUAAUCACGAAAGUGAUGUUAUGAACAAAAUGUAUGGUUUCGAAGGUGAAGUUAAAAGCAAAUAUACGUCUCAGAUGGCUGAUUUUUUUACAGAAAUUUUUGAUUAUCUACCUCUUUGCCAUUUGAUUAAUGGAAAAGUAUUUGUUUGCCAUGGAGGUCUAUUCAGGGAUGAUGGUGUCACAUUAAAUGAUAUUAAAAAAACCAACCGUGUUCGUCAGCCACCCGAUGAUGGAAUUAUGUGCGACUUGCUUUGGUCAGAUCCACAAGAUGUGAAAGGUAGAGGACCAUCAAAACGUGGAGUUGGUUGCCAGUUUGGGCCUGAUGUAACAAAAAAGUUUUGUGAAAUGAAUGACCUUGACUAUGUUGUUAGAAGUCAUGAAGUGAAACCAGAAGGAUAUGAAAUUCAUCACGAUGGAAAAUGUAUUACUGUGUUUAGUGCACCUAAUUAUUGUGAUACGAUGGGGAAUAAAGGAGCAUUUAUAACAAUCAAAGGGGACAGUCUUAAACCACGUUUCACUUCCUUCACGGCUGUCGACCAUCCUUCGGUAAGUAAAACAGGAAUUUAG